GUCUUUUCCCUCAAAGUUCCUCCCUCUCUUUUUCCCGCCAAGCGCCACCCUUCUCCCUUAAUUUCAGCACUGUGCCACUCUAUUGUUCCUCAUCAAGGCAAGGACUACAGCCGUGGUGUCUGAAUUCGUAGUAGUAUUAUCUCACCCUUCACAUACAUGGUUAUUUUCGGUCUGGCAGAUUGCGUAGACUUGGCCGGUUUUGUCUCACACUUGAGGAUGAUGUGGUCUCUCUUGUUAUGUCUGCUCUUUCUGUGAGAGUCUCUUCUCCUCAGAAGAGUUCAAAUUGCCUCUUCCCGACUGCCCUCAUCCUUUCCAUUCCGUCCACCUCUUACGCUCGCUUGAACACUGCUGUGUGCCCAUCAUCGCUACGGUGUGGAAGAUUACGCGCUCAUCGUCCAACUGCCUACAAUUUCAGCUCCCGUCCGAUCCGUGUUUCCCGAAUACUAUCCACCAAAAUUGACUGAUCUCUG